ACCCGGCAGCCACGACCGGGGAUGGAUUCUACUGGGCACGUGUUUCGAAUCCGGCGCCCCACCGGACGACGCCCCCCUCGCCCUGAAUGUCAUCGCCCACACAGGCCACGCUCGAUGUUGAGAAGAUUAGCGCCGUGCUCACGCGGUCGCGACCGGGUGGAGCGCCGGGCGAGACGCUGGUGGUGACUGAGCGCGGGUUCCAGCCGCUGCUGGGCCUUGCAAGCAGCGGCCCCAGCUCCGAGCCCCUGCACCUGGGCACGCCCCUGCCCAUGACCGAUCAGACCUCCGGCGCGCUUACGCGUGCGCCGCUCUUCGCCAUCGCCGAAGGGCCUGGUGCCGCGCAGCCCGGCGUGUGCUUGCUGGCGACAAAGGACGCGCUGCUGUCCUUCGAGCCCAGCGGCGUUCUCAAGCUACUUGCUGGCCAGCCCGGCAACCCAGGCUACGCCGACGGUGUUGCCGGCGCCGCACAGAUCGCCAGCGCUGCCGUUAUGACCGCCGGCGCGCACGGCGACGUCUGGUUCAGCGACGGCAGCCGCAAGCACGUUCGCCGCGCCAGCCGCCAGGCCAGCGGCGGCGCCGGCGGCGCGGCGGCGCCGACCGCCUCCUCGUGGGGAGCGGUGGUUGUGAGCACCAUGAGGUGGGAGGUGCCAGAUUACACACUGGUGCACAGCCUGGCGUACGACACGGCGGGCGACGUGUUGUACGUGCUGACGCCGCGAUCCGUGUACCGGGCGGCGGCGCCCGCGGACCCCAGCAGCCGCCUGGAGCUGGUGGCCGGCAGUGAGGAGGCCAGCGGCUGCGUGGACGGCGGCUACGGCCGGGCGGCGCUGUUCGGAAGUAUCUGUGACGCGGCGGUGGACGGCGCCGGGCGGCUGCUGGUGCUGGACAUGGAGGGGCCGGGCGGCGGCGCGGUGGUGCGCGUCGUGGACCCCAGGGCGGGCUACGCGGUCAGCAGCGUGCAGCCGGCUCUGGGCGACCUGAGUGGACACGCGGGGCGGCUGGACCUCCUGCCCUCCGGCGAGCUGUGCGUGUACGAGUGGGGCGGCAACAAGCUGCGCCUGCUGCAACUGCCCGCGCCGCCGCCGCCGCCUCCCGCCCCCGCCGCAGCCCCCGCGCCCGCUCCUUCCGCAGCAGGAGACGCGAGGCGCCCCAGCAGCGCUGAGGCAGCUUCCAUGAAGGUGCUGUCGGAGGACUGGGGCGCCAUGUUGGUGACGGACCCCUGGAACCUGUAUGACGUCAGCAUCGCCGUCAACGGCCCGCGCGGCGCGCGGUCCUUUGGCGCGCACAGCCUCAUCCUGCUGGCGCGAUGCGAGUACCUGCGCUUCCAGAUCAACCAGCAGAAGGCGCAGGGCGUGACCGGCAAGUUCAGCAUUCCCAUCGACGACGCCGACGCCGAGGCGUUCUGGCUGCUGCUGCGCCACAUCUACACCGGGCGCGUAGACUUCCCACCGCUUAUGGUGGAGCCCGUGUUACAGCUGGCGGAGCGCAUGCGCAUGCAGCGUAGCGCCGACAUCAUUCGCACCCUGCUGCACCCCAGCAGCAGCACCGCGGACGGCAGUCAGCAGGUGCAGGUGGCGGCGGCCGCGACGGCCGCGACGGCGGCAGCGGCGGCUGGCGCCACCGCCGGCGCAGCCGCGUACGGCGCAGCCAGCGCGCCGUCGGCGCCUCCGGCGGCGGGGCUAGAUGGGACCAGUGCGCCGUCAGCGCCUUCCAACGCCUACGGUGCAGCCCCGGCGGCGCCGGCGGCGCAGUCGUCGCCGCCCAUGGCACUGCCUGCUGCGGCGUCCGCCGCAUCGGCACCGGGCGCACAGCAGCCCCCGCCUAGCGCGGACCUGCCCUACCCCCUGGCCCCCUUCCAGACGCCUGUCGCGCCGCCGCAGAGCCAGCAGCAGCCACAGCAGGCACAGCAACAGGCGGCGUCUGGCUAUGGCCAGGGCGCGGCGGCGAGCACCCCUUCACCCUACGGCGGAGAGUACGGGGCGUAUGCUGCUCCGGCUGCCGCCCCUGCGGCGGCACAGCAGUCGCCGUACGGUUAUAGUGCAACCACGUCCGCCCCUCCUUACGGCGGCCCGUCAGCUUCGCCGUACGCCGCGGCAGCUGCAGGCGCACCAUCGCCUUACGGCCCACCUCCGGCGGCAGCAGCUUCACAGUCGCCCUACGGGCCGCCAUCGGCUCAGACGCCAUACGGCGCCCCGCCUGCCGCCAGCGCCCAGACGCCGUACGGCGCCCCGCCUGCCGCAAGCGGCCAGACGCCGUACGGGCAGACGCCGUAUGGCGCCCCGCCUGCCGCCGGCGCCCAGACGCCGUACGGGCAGACGCCGUACGGCGCCCCGCCUGCGACCAGCGCCCAGACGCCGUACGGGCAGACGCCGUACGGCGCCCCGCUAGGUGCUUCGCCCUACGCCUACGGUGCGCCUCCACAGCAACAGCAGCAGCAGCCUGCGGGCUACUCUCCGUACGGUGGCGGGUACUACCCCGGCCAACAGCGGUAACUGCUAGACGUCGAAAUGCUGCUGUGGAUCGGUGGCGGCGGUGGGCAUCGGCGUGGAUGUGUGUGCAAUGUUCUGGGUGAUGACGGGUGCCCGGGUGGUACCCGUUCCUAGCAUGUGCGUGGGCGGCGCUGGUCCGAGGCUCCAUCAUUGCGGGCGGCAUUGACCUAUCGCCGAACUAAUGGAGGACGGCUAUUGUGUUGUUGAUUGAGUGCAGAGACGCGGACAAAAGCUUGUCGGAGGCGCGGAGACAAGCCAUUUGACGUUGUUGUCUUGAUUAGCGAUGGAGGGGUGCCCAACUGGCGUGAGCAAGACUGCAGCGUGUCGUACUUAGUUAUUGCAGUCUGAACUGUGCACGGUAGUGUGAGCUCUGAUGUGAUUCAUAGAUCUGUCCAUUGCAUACUCUUCAAGCUUGUUUACGCGCAUUGUUCGGUUGCUGAACUAAUACAUGUUGUGUCCUCAUAGAUGGGUGCCUUGUGGGGCUAUCAUAUGCUGAUCUGGAAACUAUGAUUGGAGAUCCACUGCUGGUCCUGAUGUGUAACUGAGGGUGUCG